CGGACACAUCCGGAAAUACGAGGGGGGUUCCGGGGACGAGAGCUGCUGCUCUGAUAAGUUUCCAGUCUACCGGGUCCCAAAUGGCGUCUUGCUCUGCUUCGGAUUGAAGAGUAUCAAGGAGUAAAGCCGAAGGAUUUCUUCCCUGUUCAGGAUACUGCAUCGCAGAAGUGGUCAGGCUGCCCACGGUCGCUGCUUUGCGUCUGCAAGAAAGGCUCCUACGCUCUGCUCAGUCUUAGGCUACUGAUGGGUUAUGUACCCUGGAAGUUCCGAUGGCCAUUGCGUUGAACCCUCCAGGUUCCGUUCCAUAUAUCAGGCCAUGGAUCCCGGGAGGUUCGACGUUCGAUCCUGUCGCAAAGACGGAACCAUACAGAGAAACAAGCACGUUCCCAUGGGACGUUAGUAAAUCCUGAGCAGUGAGAUUGCGACCUAUAUCUGCCACUACAUUCUCUAGGCGCUUGUGCAUCAACAAGUAACUGGACUUGAUCAACGUUUAAUCACUCGCGGCUACGCCUAUAGAGUCUGUCAAGAGCUAGGUGAUCAAGAAUGCCCAAAUCAUCUGUGGCUCCUCGAGCUUCACAAGAACGCAGCAAGAGAAGCAUAGCCGAGUACAUGUUGCGAUCUACAUCAACGGUUCUGGAAGCCAUAUUUCAGGAAAGCGGCAAUGUCGGUGCAUCAAUCGGCCUCUUGGAAGAUGGGAACUACACCUUCCAUGACAUUGGCACCCGUGCCCUUGACGACGACCAGCCCCCUACUAAGAAUUCAAGAUAUCUCAUAUCAUCCAUGACCAAGCCUUUUAUGGGCCUUGCAAUAUCAAUUCUUGUCGCUGACGGAAGACAUGGCAUCUGUUUUGAAACACCUGUGAAGGAUAUCCUUCCAGAACUUGAGGGACGAACCGCACUGGUGUCGGACCAGAUGAAGCCUGAGCUGACAAUCGGCCAUCUUUUGGCGCACCGGUCCGAGUUCCUGAGGUACACCAACCUCUGGGAAAGUCCCGGGGGCCACAUUCCAUGGACGACCAUUGAUCCAGUCCUGUCGCUCCUCCGUCACAUGCCACGAAGCAGCCAGUAUACAGAGAAGACAUUCGAUAAUUCUAGGAACUACUCCAACGAAUGCUUUGCCUUGCUUGCUGAGGUUGUUGAAAGGACCACGAGGAUGCCGUGGGGAGAGUUUGUCACAGAGAGGAUUCUGCAGCCAUUGCAUUUGACCAGCACCUUUACCGACGUUCCGCAGGACCAUCUCCAGGACAGGAACAGGUAUGUUGCAUCUCACAGCGUGAAUGUAGAUGGUUUGAUGGCGGGAGGUCAUCAACUUUGGCAGAGGAACUGCAUAACAGGUCCCAAGGCAGAACCCCUUUUGAUUGAACCCUCCCAGGUUUCCUGUGUCAACCGCGGCUCUAAACCAUCUCCUCUGGGGGCGGCGGCCGGCAUGGUGUCUUCAACGAAGGACUUGCUGAAGUUUUUCGGCUAUCUUCUUGAAGUCUUCGGCAGCCUCCAGGGUAAGAGGUACGACCUCGGCCACAAGAUCUCUGAGGUCGAGCGUGGCAUGAUCACUUGGUGGCGCCAUAUCCUUUCACAUACGCAAUCGGAAAACUCCAUCUAUGCCGGCGGCUGGAACACCACCAACAUAUCUUGGAACCCGUGCGACAUGAAACAUCGUUGGCCUGGCUCAGAUGGCGACAAUGCGCGUCGUCUUCAGAGCGCCAUCAGGAGCAGCCACAGUGAUGGAGCUCUCACAGCCAAUCGCUUGUGGUACUUUUUCCAACAACUUUCGAUUGGUGGAGGCGUUGGUGUUGGCAAGAAGCUGGCGCUCUAUCACGGCGGGAAUAUGGUGGGCGCCACUUCGUCCUGCUUUCUCAUUCCAUCGCUCAAACAAGCAGUCGUGGUUCUUUGCAACACCCGUGGCUUUUACCUUGACGCAGCCAAUAUCGCCUGCAUGUUUCUGGCUGAUGCUUUGGCACGGAAAGCGACCGACCCUCGCGCACUUCAAACCUUGUGCGCAAACCUUGACACUGUGGUCCGACACAUUAAAGGCAGUUACAUACGGGAUUUGGCUCUCUACGAGACAAGGCUUGAACGGGAGUAUUCCCAACUUGCACGUGCGGAAGACUUUGCGGGCUGUGUGGGGAGAUUCCGAUUGGUCCCAGGUGUGUUUGCUGAGAUUCAGGGGCAUGCUGGAGGGUCAUUGAGAUUUCAACUGUAUGGAAAAGGGUUUGAAUACCCACUGAGAGCCAGACAUGACUGCUGCGCGGUCUCUUCAGAGGUGACCAUGACGUUUGCCAUGCCGAUGAGAGACUUGGUACCUCUUGGCGUAGGCGGAAACAACAGAUUGAAUAUUCGAGAUUUCGAGCUGGUGUUUAGGGGCCGAAGAGGGUCAGGCAGGCCGUUUGAGGAAUUUGUUUGGGUGUUUGAUCGGAAUGGGGUUUAUGAGGAUGGGGAUGAGAGCGCAUUUGCUUGGAAACGUGUGGCCUGA